AUGGCGGACGAGGAGGUCCAGCACGUUUUCGUCUACGGCAACCUCCGCCCCGAUGCUGGAGGCCCGCAACGCCUCCGACUAGGAAGCAGCAGCCGCGGCGAGGCGGCCUGGCUCCUCGGCGGUCGAUUGUUCUGUGUCAAUUCACGAGGAAGAGGAGCCUCUUCCAUCAGGCAAGCUGCGGUAAGCCUGGACGAGCCUGGAAAUGCCGUCAAAGGAUACGUAGUGUCUGCUAGCGACCCCAGUGAUCUCUCUAGCUUGCUCCACCACUGUGACAGCUCCGAGGAGCACCAAGGAUUCGACCGUGAUGUUGUGGAAGUCGUGACGGAAGCUGGAAAGCGAGUAGCUGCGUUUGUCUAUCACUGCCCCCAGGUGGAUCGUUCUAUGCCUGUCCAUGGUGGAGACUGGAUGAGCCAUCCCAGAAAUCUGUAA